AUGCUUCAAACUUUAGAGGGAAGUAAAAAAUUGAAAGGCAAGAUUGUUAGCCUUACAACACCACGAGCUGAAACAGGAGUGUACUGGGGUUAUACAGUCAGAAUUGCUACAAAUUUGAGCCAAGUGUUCACCCAAUGCCCCUACAAGGAUGGAUAUGAUAUAACUAUUGGAACUUCAGACCGUGGUACUCCUAUAGAAAAUCUCCCAGAUAAGGGAGUCCCAUAUAAUCAUGCCUUAAUUGUUUUUGGCGGAGUACAUGGUAUUGAGGCAGCUCUUGAAAGUGAUGAACAAUUGAAAGUAGAUGAAGCUGCUUUGUUGUUCAAUCAUUAUGUUAAUGUUUUGCCUAAUCAAGGAUCGAGAACAAUAAGAACGGAGGAAGCUGUGCUUGUUGCCCUUUCCAGUUUAAGAAACAAGUUAAAAGCAGAAAAUGAACCAAUAAUUUUCAAAGACUCUGGUAUUGCCACCAGUUCUAUAUUCCCUAUGCAAAAAACUGAUGCCAGUUCACCAACUGAAAAGAACCCCGAUUUAAGUAGAUUUGAU